UGGUUCUUUUUGUUUUUUUCCAUUUACUCAGCGGACAAUGGGUAAACAUAAAAGAGACAGAUCUAGGAGUAGAUCGUCGACUAAGCGUUCUUUUAACAAAGAAAUUAGAGAUCUCAAGAGGAAAUUGGAUAAGUUGGAAAAGGAGAGAGACAGGGCUAAAAGAGAUUUUUCCCGCUUCCGCGAAAGUUGUUCUCGUAAUGAAACAAUUUCACGAGGGAAUAGAGAAUGCCGUUCUCCGAGUGAGUCGGAUUCUUCAAGGCGGCGGCGGCGGCGCUCCAGGUCCCAACGUCGUUCUCCCAGUGAGACGAGUUUGAAUCCCGGGCGCGACACUCAAGGUCGCCGUGAAGGUCGUUCUUCGAGUAAGGCGACUUCUACAAAGCUUCCCUUUCGAAGGGAACAAGAAAGCCGCAGCCCCAGCGUCGCUCUCUCUCUCUUUACUCGUACUGACACGAGUCGCGCAGCUAAUAGCGCAACUAUCGAUUUCGUUGGACCUGGCGGCCGUCACUCGAGUAGUGCGGCGCUUGUGGCUAGUUCUGCUGAUUUUUCUCCCCGAAAAGAGGAGUCUCCUGCUCUAAUCUUGCUUGAUGAUGCGGGCAUCUCUGAAGAAAUUCGACUUAUUUUGGGUCCCGAUCCAAACCAGCAGAAAAAGUCAACAUUUAAUUUACACAAGGCUGUAGAGCCAAUUUGGACUCAUAUUUUAGGUUUUGGCCUUCCUAAAGAAGAGUGUGAUGAGCUCUUCAAAAAAUACGAGCUCCCUAUCAAUUGUAAGUUUCUUACACCCCCUCGUAUUAACCCAGAGGUCGAGGCCAACUUGAAUACGCUUCAUUCUACCAGGGACCAAACGCAUUCACAAUACCAAUUUCGGCUGAGCAAGGCUUUAGCUGCCCUGGGCAUUUCUUUGAAUGUGAUUUUGGAGGAGGAGGAGAAUAUUCCUAGAGCUUCCAAGGAUAGAAUUUUAUCAAGUAUCGCGGAUUCUGGACGCUUGCUUUGUAGCCUUUUCAACGAUAUUUCCCUUAAGCGACGUCAACUUAUUCUUCCUCUCAUGAAUAAACAUAUCAAGACUUUAGUGGAACAAAUCCCUCCUGGAGAUUUUUUAUUCGGGCCCGAUUUAGGCGACAAGAUCCAAGCCAUUAAGACUAUGGAAAAGGUCGGAAAGGAGAUUCGUGUACCCCAGCCCCCCUACAACAGAUACCAACAGAAUUCAGUUGCGUUUCAGAAAAAGAAGGGAGGGGGGGCAGAGAAGUCACAUACAGCUACUAGUGGUCAGUUAAACCGGAGACGCCCGACCUACCGAAAGAGAGAGGCAAGGUCACAGAAAGGGCGACUCUCGAUGCCCCAAAAAUCAUCAAUACAUCAGAAAUACCGUUAAUGGUAGGUAAUAAUUUGUUUUUAGCAGGCCGUCUGCAGUUUUUUAAAAAUGUCUGGAAAACAGUGACCUCAAAUCCCACAGUCUUGUCUUGGGUUGAAGGUUAUAAAAUACCUUUUUCCAAGACCCCUCCAUUUUCGGAUGGUCCAAUUAAACAUAGUUUUUCCGCCAGCGAAAUUAUCCUUUUGGACGCGGCCAUCAAAGAGCUUCUAACCUUAGGAGCCGUUUCAAAAUGUACUAGUUUACCGGACCAUUUUGUUUCGCCAAUCUUUUUAACAGAAAAAUCUAACGGAAAAAUGCGGUUUAUUUUGAAUCUUAAGAAACUAAAUGUCCAUGUUGUUGCUCCUCAUUUUAAAUUGGAGGAUCACAGAACGGCUCAAGGGUUAUUAAGAACAGGUUUAUUCAUGACAACGGUCGACCUC